GUGCAAACUGGAACGCUCUUGGGGCCUCGGGAUUUUUUCUCUCUCUCUCUCUUUCUCUCUAUCUCCGUCUAUCGUUUUUAAAACUAAACCGACAGAGCGCUGAACAUAAGAGAAAGAGAGAGAGAAAGAGAGGGAGAGAGAGAGAGAGAGAGAGAGAGAGAAAGAGAAAGAAAGAGGGAAAGAGAGAGGAAAGCAAAGUAAAAUUUAACGUGCACGGAGGAAAAGAUUCGAGGAUCGCGAUCCAAAGAGACUCGCGACCCUAGAAGUCCUUUUCUUUUCGGAGAGUCCAUGCAGAAGCCAGUAGUUUAAGGUCAAGCUUUCUCGGUGAUGGUCUCGCUCAAGAAUCUCACUUAUCACAAGGCGGAAGCGUUCGAAAGUGCACGUUGGCGCGAUCGUUGAUCGUCGCCAAUGAAAAUCUCUGCUCGCUCGUUGCGAUUCCAAUUACGUAAGUUCGCGUCUCAGCGACGUCAGAGGGAUGAGCAACGGUUGCGGAAUAUUCGGGAUUUAUCCCAAAUGGCUACGAGAUCGAGCUACUCCUAAGAAUUUCAUAGCUGUCUACGGUCUCUUGGGUACCGUGCAAGCUAUGGCUUUCAUUUAUAUCGUCGUCACUCUCACGACCUUGGAAAAGAGGUUUAAGAUACCCAGUCGUACGACAGGUUUGAUAUUAUCGGGAAACGAGAUUUCACAAAUACUCUCGUUGAUUUUGACGUAUUACGGUGGUUCUGGGCACCGUCCAAGAUGGAUCGCAGUGGGUGUUGGUUUAAGUGCCUUGUCUUGUCUGGUUCUCGCACUUCCACACUUCAUAUUUGGUCCUGGAAGAGACGCAAUGGCUUUGACCAAGGAAUACCUGGAUCAGACAUUAUUGAAUGCAACAACAGUGCCAAGAGACAUUGCAAUUUGUCCACGAACAAAUGAACCGGAACAUUGCGAUGACGAAGCUCUUUUAGAUGUUAGUCUUCUUCCCCGUUUACUUAUCUUUCUCUCUCAAUUCAUCCUUGGAAUUGGCACUACUCUUUAUUAUGGACUUGGUCAAACGUAUCUGGACGAUAACACGAAGAAAAAAAAUACUCCUAUGCUGUUAGGUUUUACGUUCGCACUUCGAACCGUGGGACCGGCGAUUGGUUUUCUACUGGGAUACGGUUGCUUGAGCCUUUACAUCGAUCCAACCCUUCAUCCCGUUAUAACGAAGAAGGAUCCACGGUGGUUGGGUGCUUGGUGGCUGGGAUGGAUCAUUUUAGGCGUUACCAUGGGAAUGUUCGCCAUACUGAUCGCCAUGUUUCCACGGGAUCUUCCAAAGCCACGUAACACGUUAAAAAACAACGGUGAGUUACCAUUGAAAUUGGAGCUGGCCCUUCAAGAAAAAUCGACGAGAUCAUCGUUGUCGGUAAGAUCAACGAAUUCGUUGAAACAGGAACACGUACCGACCAUGCGAGAAUUUCCAGCUGCCAUGAAACGACUUUUAACUAAUUGGUUGCUCACUUGUAACAAUCUCAGUGGUGUAUUUUACGUUCUCGGCGCCUCUGCCUAUAUCACGUUCUUAGCGAAAUAUCUCGAAGUACAGUACAGUACCUCUGCCGCUGGCGGCACGGUUAUUGCCGGCCCGAUAUCUUUGGUGGGUAUGGUACUAGGAUUUUUAUUAUCAGGAUUGGUGAUAAGUAAAUUCAAACCGGGUCCUAGGCCAUUGCUCGCUUGGAACGUCCUCGUUGGUGUUUGCUUCGUCGCAGGACAAAUUUCUUUCAUUUUCCUCGGAUGUUCCGAUGUAGGAAUCGUAGGAGUCGAUCUUCAAACUAUGCAAAUGAAUUUAACGUCCAAUUGCAAUGCUGCGUGCAAUUGCGAAUACGUUAAAUAUGCACCGGUUUGUCACGAGCCCUCGAAAACGACCUUCUUCUCAGCCUGUCACGCGGGAUGCCGUACGAUAGUCGACGACAAAGAAUUUGGUAACUGCAGUUGCGUGCCGUCGAUAAAGCUCAGUUGUGUGAAUGAUCGAUUAGACGAGAACAAAGGGGAAGAAGAUUACUUUGAAAACAAACUUCAGGCCCUCGAUGUCCGAUUAUCCACUAACUUGGACAAAGUCCGAGCUGGUCCAUGUCCUUCCAGUUGCAACGGACCCUAUUUGCUCUUCAUGGUGCUCACUUGCAUCAUACAAACUCUUGCCUGUUCCGGGAAGAUCGGCAACGUUCUCGUAAACUAUAGAAGCGUUGAGAAGAAAGACAAAAGCUUUGCUCAAGGUGUCACGCUUAUGAUAAUAUCACUGUUUGCACUGAUACCAGGACCGAUAAUUUACGGUGCGAUUAUUGAUUCGACCUGCCUUAUCUGGGAGGAAUCCUGCGGGACGAGAGGCAACUGUUGGUUCCAUCAUAGAGAAAAUUUUCGAUAUCUCGUUAAUAUCACGUCGGCUGGAUUUUCUAUAAUAGGAGUACUCUUCGAUGUAGCCGUAUGUUAUCUCGGAAAGGAUUUAGAUCUUUAUGGGACACUCGAGAACGACAGACGUCGCGAAUUUAUUAAAGAAGACGAGAACAUCACCGGUGUUAACAAGAAAAAGGUUGUUAAUGGAAACGCGAAUCAGAGGAUAGAACGCACGCAUCUGUAAUGUUCCUUGAAUUUAUAUUCAAUGAAAUGCAUUUAAGGAAAAGAAAAAGAAGAAGUAAGAGAGAGAGAGAGAGAGAGAGAGAGAGAGAAAGAGAGAGAGAGAAUGAGAAGUGUUCAAACGAUAGUUUGGAGUUUUAAUCAUAGAAAAUUGUGAUUUUAUGAGAUUUGCUAGGUACCUGAGAAUUGCCGGGAAGAUAUCUAAUAACAUGUUACGAACGUUGAUCGUUCGAGUUACCACGGGGAAAAACGAUAUUUUAUAUUAUAUACUAUAUAUAUAUAUAUAUAUAUAUAUCGUAUGCACUUUAUAUGUAUGUAGAAAGAUAUUUUAUUGCGAUCGAAAAAGAUGCUCCGGUUAUUGACAAGGCGUAACUCAAAGGUAUAUAAAACACGAAUAUUAAGAUAAUAAUUAUUACAAGAAAAGAAAAGGGAGAAAAAGAAAAGAACGAACAAAAAAAGUUUCAUUUAGACAAAUAAUCGAAAUAAAAAAACGUUUUCAACGAUA